AUGGUACGCAAAAGAAUAACUGAUGAAUCACAACAAGAGGAAUCUUCUGAAGUUGUGGUAUUUAAUGGUCAUGGUGCAGACUCUGGACCAAAAGAAACAUCUCCAGAAACCUCUGUACCAGGUACAGAAAGUGAAGGUAGUCCUCAUGAACAAUCACCAACGUUUAGUGGGAAAUUACAUGAACCAUCUCCAAAUAUCCACGGCACGUCUCAGACAAUUAUGCGAUCAAUGUUUAGUCUAGAUACCCCUAUAUCCACACAAAUACCUACGUUUUCCACUUCACUUCCCCAAGAAUUACAACAACUUAAUGCUUCGGAUGCAGGACUAAAUUUUGAGUAUAACCCAAUGCCAGCAUCAGAAUUUACACAAUCUCAUUCAUAUUUCACAACUUCACUUCCUCUUGGCCAACCAUCUUUUGAUUCAUAUACCUCAAAUGGCUUAAAUUUUCAUCAAUCGGUACCUAGUAAAAAUCAAUCCUCCAGUUUAUCAAACGUGGAAGGUGCGAAGUUACAUAUGCCUAGAAGAAAAUCGUCAAUCGGUUCUAUAUACUCUAAUUCUCAUUCACAUAACCACACGACAAAUAGUAGUGAUAUAACAGCCCCUGUCCCGAUAAAUGCUAACUCCAACGCUGCCAUCGCUGCAUUGGAUCCGGAACAGAAACUUCGUCGAAACUCAUUAUUGAGUUUAUUUACUGCUUCAACUUCAACUAAACAAUGUGAUACAACAACUCCUGUAUCAUCUGUAGCAGUAGGUCAUGAAGAUCAACAUAGAAAUUCGUUGCUAAACGUUCUUCAAUCCGAAAUACCUUCAGUUUCCAAUCAAAUUUAUCCGAAUUCCACUUCUAUACCCUGCGAUGAUAUCACUCAGCAUAAAACGCAACAAUCAUUAUUACAUUUUCUACCUAGUUCAUAUGAUCAUGUUAACACGGACGUUAUGUCGAAUUCUAAUGCACAUACCAAUACUGUGUUCAGUAUGUUUCAGCAUUCUGCUGCUCAAAGGAAUCAGAAAGUCAUGACAUCACAUUCUAGCACAAUUCCUGAUGCAAAUUAUUUAGGAAAUCGUCGAGAUUCCGCAUUUAGCAGACAUUCGAGUCAAGGCAUUGCCACUCCUAAGUUAUCAACUAAUGUUGGUCCUAUUGGGCAAGGAAGACCUUCGAAUAAUAAUGAAAACAACAAUCCCGAAAUCCAUGAAGUCGCACGGAAAAUGUCAUUAUUGGGUUUAUUUUCUACGGCUUACUCAUCAAAUUCCGAUAAGAACACUCCAAAUACUUGUCUCACAACUGCCGAAAGUCCAAUAAAACCACAAAAUACUUUUUUUUCCUCUUCAACUAUGAACUCACAACUGGGCAUACCAGGUACUCCUAGUUCGCUAAGGGUAAAUAAAGAGUCUUUGUUACGUCUAAUAACGGCUUCUCCUCCGCCGCAAGGCGCUCCUUUAUCUCCUAAAGUAUUUGACGCAGAAAUUCAAGCUCAAGAAAGAGCACUGCUAAAUCUUCUAAAGUCGUCAAAUCCCUCGAAUAAUGGUGUUUUGAAUGAAAAUGGUUCACCUAAUCUUAUGAGUAAUGGUUCAAUGGCUUCAAUUUCUCAUGGGUAUGACCAAAAAAUAUCUGAAUUUGGCCAUUCCAACAAUGAACAUGCUCGUGUUGAAAUUAACAAAGAAAAUAAUCCAUUUUUGGACGACUAUGUAAGAUACAUUCCGCAGAACGAUAAAUUGAAUGAAAAUGGAACUAACAUGUCCAGUAAACGGGCGUAUCCUGAAACCACAAAAGUAGAAGUUUCACCGGAUCUUCGGGUUCGUCACGAACUUCUUGAUAGAAUUCAUGCGUUUAUCCCUCCAGGCGGUACGAAUCUAAAGGAUGGAUUUAACUCACGUGUUCGACGCCAUGGCAACAGUGAUAAUCCCAUGGUCAAUUUCAAAUUUGACGUAGAAAAGAUCGUUGCAGCGUUAUGA